GGAAAGAGAAUUCAAAAUUUGAACUGCUGAGAGAGAGAGAGAGGCUAUGGCGACAACAGGAAAGAAUCUCAAAGGUUUCUUCAGGCAAAAGAAGAGCAAUGUCACCGGAGGCAUCUCUAAGUCCAAGUCUUCCCGGAAAGUUUCUCCGAAGCACGCCGCUACUCAGGGUUCCGAUGUUACCCAACCGGCGGCGCUGAUUGCUCACGGCACAAUCGAUCUCAAUGAUGAUUAUGACAAGAAUGAAGAGAUUCUGAGGCAAUUUGACAUGAAUAUGGCUUACGGUCCAUGCCUCGGAAUGACAAGACAGGCUCGUUGGGAGCGAGCUCGACGUUUGGGAAUGAACCCGCCAAAUGAAAUCGAGAGCCUUUUGAAAAACGAGAAGGUUCAACAAGAAUGCCUUUGGAACGGUCGUGUCUAAAUGUUCGCCCCACGUUAUCUAUAUCAGUGAAUGAUGAUGCAAUGCCUUCACAGAUCCUUAUUCAGCCACCGGCUGUGCGUUUGGGUAGUUCUAGACUUCUAGUGUGAAACCAUAGAGUUCUUGUGUGUUAAACCUUUAUCUUGGCAAUGCAAUUGAUCUUAUUGCUAUGCAUAAUCAAUGGAAGAAUGAAUCUUCAGCUGCA